CAAACUCGCUUUACUCCUCGCAUUGCAACUUUUGCAGGGACUCCACAGACAUGUCUUAUACUAGCUGAACCAACCUGCAAUUUGGCUCAACAUUUGAGCCAAAAAACAAUUCACAAUCGGUUGGGUUUUGUUGCAGAAAUCGUCCUCUUUUAUUUCCCCCAUAGACUGAGCUUCAAUUUGGAACCCUGGAUGGGAUUUUAGACCUUUCUUCUCACUAAUGAACUGGGCUAGUAAUGCAGGAGACAGCGACUCUGUCAGUGGCUCAAGAUGGCAGAUUUUUAUUGAGUUCUGAACAGAAAUCUCGCUUUAUUUUUUGCAAUGAAUAACAAAAGUCCUUGCACCGAUGGCCCCCGUAUACGAAGGUAUGGCCUCACAAGUGCAAGUCUUUUCCCCUCACACUCUCCAGUCAAGUGCCUUCUUUAGCGUGAAGAAGCUGAAGGUGGAGCAGAGUUCGUACUGGGAUAUGACAGGGUACGGCUCGCACAGCAGAGUCGUCUACAGCCAGAACAGCAAGCAGCAAGUGUCCCACGCCGCCCCUCUGGGCGUAAACUCCUCUCUGCCCUACGAGCAGCCCGCGUUAAUCUUCCCGGCCAGCGCAGGGCACAUUGUGGUCGCCUCGGCCAGCAGCACCUCAGGCACCGCAGGGCCCCUGGGGCCUUUGUUAGGCUUGGGUAGUAGCGGCGGUGGGGGCGGCAGCGGCGGAGGAAGCGGCGGCGCGGUCCACAACCUGACGCGGCGCAGCACCGUCAGCCUGCUGGACACCUAUCAGCGAUGCGGGCUUAAGCGCAAGAGUGAGGAGCUCGAUAACAGCAACAGCAGCGUGACGAUCAUCGAGGAGCACGGCAGCGGCGCGGCGAUGAUCCAGAACGCAGCCGGCGGGGCCUUGGCGGCCACCGCGACCGCCACGUCCACGGCCACCUCCAAGAACGGCGGCUCCAACAACGAGGGAGACUACCAGCUGGUGCAGCACGAGGUGGUCUGCUCCAUGACCAACACCUACGAGGUGCUGGAGUUCCUGGGCAGGGGCACCUUCGGCCAGGUGGUUAAGUGCUGGAAAAGGGGCACCAAUGAGAUCGUGGCCAUCAAGAUCCUGAAGAACCACCCGUCGUACGCGCGCCAGGGCCAGAUUGAGGUGAGCAUCCUGGCCCGGUUGAGUACAGAGAGCGCUGACGACUAUAACUUUGUGCGCGCCUACGAGUGCUUUCAGCACAAGAACCACACGUGCCUGGUGUUCGAGAUGCUGGAGCAGAACCUGUACGACUUCCUGAAGCAGAACAAGUUCAGCCCGCUGCCGCUGAAGUACAUCAGGCCGGUCUUGCAGCAGGUGGCCACGGCCCUGAUGAAGCUGAAGAGCCUGGGUCUGAUCCACGCCGACCUGAAGCCGGAGAACAUCAUGCUGGUGGACCCCUCUAGGCAACCCUACAGAGUCAAGGUCAUCGACUUCGGCUCGGCCAGCCACGUGUCCAAAGCCGUGUGCUCAACCUACCUGCAGUCCCGAUACUACAGAGCUCCAGAGAUCAUCCUGGGCCUGCCGUUCUGUGAGGCCAUCGACAUGUGGUCCCUGGGCUGUGUCAUCGCCGAGCUCUUCCUGGGCUGGCCCCUCUACCCAGGGGCCUCAGAGUAUGACCAGAUUCGGUACAUCUCUCAGACACAGGGGCUGCCUGCAGAGUACCUCCUGAGUGCCGGGACCAAGACAACCAGGUUUUUCAACAGAGACACAGACUCCACCAACUACCCCCUGUGGAGAAUGAAGACACCAGAGGACCAUGAGGGAGAAACAGCCAUCAAGUCCAAGGAGGCCCGGAAGUACAUCUUUAACUGCCUGGACGAUAUGGCACAGGUUCAGAGCACUGUGAAUAUGACGGCAGACCUGGAGGGGAGUGACAUGCUGGCAGAGAAGGCGGACAGGAGAGAGUUUAUUGACCUGUUGACCAAGAUGCUGACGAUUGAUGCAGACAAAAGGAUCACCCCAAUUGAGUCCCUCAAUCACCCCUUCAUAACCAUGACCCAUCUCCUCGACUUCCCACACAGCACACAUGUCAAAUCAUGCUUUCAAAACAUGGACAUAUGUAAGCGUCGCGUGGGCAUGUACGACACGGUCAACCAGAGCAAGACCCCCUUCAUCACCCACGUGGCCCCCAGCACCUCCACCAACCUCACCAUGACCUUCAACAACCAGCUGAACACUGUGCACAGCCAGGCCACGGACCUGGCUCCCUCCACCACCAGUGCCACCCUUUCCCUUGCCAACCCUGAUGUGUCCAUACUAAACUACCAAUCUGCACUCUAUCAGCCCUCCGUGGCCUCCAUGGCCGCCGUGGCCCAGCGGACCCUGCCUCUGCAGCCGGGAGCGCCCCAGCUCUGUGCAGCCCGGCCCGACCCCUUCCAGCAAGCCCUCAUCGUCUGCCCGCCCGGCUUCCAAGGGCUGCAGGCCUCCCCAUCCAAACACACUGGAUACUCUGUGCGGAUGGAGAAUGCCGUUCCCAUAGUGACGCAGGCCCCCGGCUCCCAGCCACUGCAGAUCCAGCCAGGCCUGUUAACACAGCAGGCCUGGCCCAGUGGAACCCAACAGAUCCUCCUCCCCCCCGCCUGGCAGCAGCUGACUCAUACCUCAGUCCAGCACGCCACCGUCAUCCCCGACUCCAUGACAGCCUCACAGCCCUUGGCCAACUGGAGGAAUUCUCACCCACAUGGUGGCCAUUACAAUCCCAUCAUGCAACAGCCAGCUCUGCUGACUAGCCAUGUCACCCUCCCAUCCAACCAUAACCAGCCUCUCAAUGUGGGCGUGGCCCAUGUGAUGAGGCAACCGUCAACCAAUAACAACAACUCCUCAUCCAAAAAGAACAAGCAGCAUCAACUGACUGCCAGGAAUGUUUCUGCGUAUGAGGUGUCCUCCUCUCAGGCAGUGCUAUCCCCACAGCGCUCCAAGCGGGUUAAGGAAAACACCCCUCCGCGCUGCGCAGUGCUCCAGAACAAUGGCCCCUUCUCUGGUUCUGGCUGCGGACCUCCCCAGGGCUGUGGAGGGUGGGGAGGGGGCGAGACCGAACAGGCAUCCAGCACCACCCGAGACCGCCACCAGCACCACAGUGGGCCCCGUCAGACCAUCAUCAUCCCUGACACGCCCAGCCCCACCGUCAGCAUCAUCACCAUCAGCAGUGACACGGACGAGGAGGAUGAUCACAAGCCGAGCAACACCAACCACACCAGCUCGGCCAAGCAGAGGAAGAAUGUCAUCAGCUGUGUGACUGUUCAUGACUCCCCUGACUCUGACUCGUCCAGUAACAACAGUCCCUACGCCCUCGAAUCCAGGCUUCCCAACAACAAUGGCUACCAUGACACCAAGGCCACCCUGCUGGACAACUACAGCAAUGGCAACAACCCACGCACCAUCAUCAUCCCCCCACUGAAGAGCCAGUCCAGCGAGGUGCUGAGCGAGUGCGAGCGCCUGAUGCCAGGUAUCUACACAGGUAUCUACACAGAUGCAAUGAAUCAUCAGAAUUCGGUGUACAAAUUUAAAACCUCCAACAGCAUGGGCAUGGUGUCUGGCAGCAACCACUUCUCAGGGGGCGUGGCUUAUCGGCAGCAGCGCUCAGGGCCACACCCCUUCCAGCAGCAACAGCCUCUCAAUCUCAGCCAGGUAUGGAGAGAAAACCAAGCCCAGCAGCACAUGGUAACAGACAGGAACGGUGGCCACCGGCGCCAGCAGGCUUACAUCGCCCCCACCAUCGCAGCUCAGGCCCCCUACUCCUUCCACCACCACAACAGCCCCUCUCACACUGCCAACGUGCACACCCAUCUGUCCGCCACCCACCUGCCCGGCCAGCCCCACCUGUACACCUACACCGCAGCCCCCGCCGCCCUGGGUUCCACCGGGACCGUGGCCCACCUGGUGGCGACCCAGGGCUCGGCCCGCCACACGGUCCAGCACGCAGCCUACCACGCGCCGGGCAUCGUCCACCAGGUUCCCGUCAGCAUGGGGCACCGCGUGUUGCCCUCGCCCACGCUCCACCACAGCCAGUACCAGGCCCAGUUUGCGCACCAGACCUACAUCAGCGCCUCGCCCGCCUCCACUGUCUACACUGGAUACCCGCUGAGCCCCACCAAGGUUAACCAAUACCCUUACCUCUAGAACCGAGCCAACACACUGGACCCCCAGAACCCCAGAACCCCAGACCCCAGCACUGCUGCUGCUCGACCCGUGUCCUCCUUCACCUGUCCCUGAUCCAGAGACGGUGUGAGGGGGGGGGGGGGCAUGCAAUCUUGCUCAACUUGAAGAUAUGAUGACAGAAAAGAUCAAGGAAAAUACACACACAGCCCCUGUGUGAGGGAAACGAGGGGCGGGAGUUUCUUGAGGGAGAAUUUCAAUAUUUUUUGUUCUUUUCAGAGAUCUCUUUCUCCAAAAGGGCCAGUUUAGCUUUUUUUUCUCUCUUGGUUUUACUGUGUUGCUUUCAAAUGAAAGUAGUUUCUCAUUCUUUUACAGGAAGGUCUUCAUAACAGGCCUUUGGGAGGGAUGUAGGUUUUCUGUUCUUCUAAAACAACCUUUUGUCUCUUUGUUUUCCCUUUUGAAAUCGGGAACUGACUGUUUUAAGAAGGGGUCUCCCCCUGGAUGUUGGAAUUCCCAACAUGAGAAAUCCCAUGUGGAUUUGGGAAUGAAGGUGAAAUACGGAAACCUGCUGCUCUUUGAGAAUAAAUUAAAAAUUACGAUGGCCUUGAACUGUCUUAAACAUUUCCAAAUCAUUCAAGGUGUGGAGGAGAGAGAGAAUGAAGCGCCCCUCCUCAGCCCGCCCCUCCUCCACCAGACAACUGGAGUCGGGAGUCUUCUGGAAAUAUAACCAACGCAAGACAAAAAAAAAAAAACUUUCCCAUGUAUUUCUAGGUAUUUCCCUUAGUUUUUUGGUCCUCACCUUUUUGAGGAGACUUGUGUUUUAGGUAUAGGAGACUUAACUGGGCCCUGUUUUUAGAAUGUAGCAGUCUGCACCCAUAUUAUUUCACGGAAAGCUUUUUUCUGAUACCAAUAGAAUCUGUCUGUUUCUCCUUUUUCAAUGUGAUUGCACAAGGUGGUUCUAAUAACAUAGGCAUGUACAACGUGAUUGUCUGUGUGUGCGUGUGCUACUGUCAGCCAUGUGUGUGUAGUCCACUUCCUCUUGACCCUUUGUGCUCUAAUACUGGGAAUCCUCCACCGUCUUAGGUUUGAACAUUGUUCCCUUGUAGUGCCUUACAGAUAUAACCACACAGUUUACGUCGCCGGGACCUAGAGAACCAACAGACUAGCUGGAACUGGUUCCUUGGUUUGGCAUUAUUAUUGUUGUUGGGGCAGUUUUGAUUUCACUUCCAGGUGUAGGCUUAGGCCGUAGCUCCGUUUCCUAUCCUUAUGCCAGUAUACUAUGGAGUUCAGAGGUUAGAGUACGUAUUUACCACCUUUGGCUUUUUGGUUGUGUGCAUGAGUUUACCUUGCCUGGGAUACUGAACCAAAGUUGUUAUAUCAAUCCUUGUUACAUUGUGUGCUGGAUAUUAAUGGAAAUAUGUGUAGAAUAUAGGUCUAAGUCUCUGUCACCAUGGCACCCAUGCAUAUUAUGGCUUAAGUUUGUGAUGUGCAAAUGUUAUUUUUAUUUUUAUAUCACACAAGGGAAUCGGCGCACAAGACUGAACAGAGAAGUGUUAGCACAAUGAUCUAUUUUGGGAGAAUGGAAAAUGCAGAAAAAAAAUUACGUUGACUGUCAAAAUGGGCUCAACAUAAUGUUGUACGGGAAGAAAAUGGAAUCUAAAGUUAAAUGUCGAGCCAGUUAAAGACCCGAUGGGAAGUGAUGGUUGCUAUGGCAGAGGAGGUCAGAAGGCCAAUGAGGGAGAGCUUGGUUGGUUGCAGUGAGCGAGCGGAGAGCGGAGGGCUGCUGAAAGAAUGCUGGCUAGAGGUCAGUUCUGGGUUGACUUAAUGUUCGUUCCAUUGCGCAGGGCUAACUCCAUCAAGCCCAGCUGAAGUGUUUGAAAUUGUAAAUAUUAUUUGAACCCGGGACUGCAAAGGUGAGAUGGAGAUGUAGAAAGCAUCGGGGUUGGUAACGUUUCGAAACUGAGGGCGGCAGAACGGCGGGAUGCCUUUUCUAAUGUCGUUGAGACUAAAUGAACAGCAUGUUGGUACUGGGCAGGUUGGUGGUCACUGUGGGUGGGAGUUACAGGGACAUUCCUAACUCUAACGCACGUUGUUGUCUCGUUGUUGUCCUGAACAGCACAGGAAUGCUACAGCGUACACCUGGGAGGGAUUUCUAUGAAAUGGACUUCAUUUGUUAACACUGUCUCCAUUUGUCUUCUGAAACGUGUGUUCACAGGCAUCACACCACCAGAAAGGGAUAUCUGAUGUGUAGUAAGAUAACUAAUUGGGUUUAUUGCUUCUGUGUGUUUGCUGCUUAAUUUACCACCUGUUUUAUUUCACGUAGCCAAUGAAUAUGAUUAGUCUAGCUCUCUGUUAUUUCUCCUCAUAGAGUGGGCACAUCAGACCUGCUUGUGUUUUAGUGAAAGACUCCCAUUCUUGUCAUGCCAUAGUACUUGCAUUUUAAGUGAUCAUUUUAUUUUUAUGUUAUUAUUGAACUUUUUACAUGGCUGUAGUAGGUAUAUACCAUAUUGUGCUAUUUUGAAGAUUGUUGCAAUAAUUCUUGUGUACGUUUUUAUCCGUGCAAGUGUUUUUAUGAUUUGUUAUUAGGCCUCAUUUCUAUUUUGAUUUGGAACCGUGAGUUGCUGUACAGUUAUUUCAGGUGAUCCUAGGAAGGUGUGUGUAGCUGUGUAAAGUGUUCAGGCACUGUUAAUAAUAAUAAGGUGGAAAGGCUAGACGCGACUACGUGGGAGCUCUUGUAGGCAGGUAGCUCAUCCGGGUGCGUUUCAGGCCCAGGUUGGCUCCCCACACCGAACCUGAAAUGCCCUUUUGGUACUUUACCAAAAAGCCACGCGCUCCCUCCAGCCGGCUCCACCAUGCAAACCUUGGGUUCCUGGCAGACAAAGAUGUGAUGCGUCUUAUGUACAGUAUACUUGGCUGGUUACAUAAUGCUUCUUUCGGUUCUGUGCUCUAUUUCCCUUUGUUCAAUGCGUCCUGUGGGCCUAGCACACCAAUAAGGGAGAUGCUUUUCCACACAAGAGUUUGGCCCCUUUAAAAAGAGGCAGACUACUGAAACAUUCCAAUGCAGAGGGAAUCUGACAUCGAUUCUACACCCCUUAUAGCUCUGUGAUGAUGGGACUGCUUUUUCCUUUGGGGACUUUUCUUUCUUCCCGCCAAAGAAAUUAAACACGUUGGUAAAGUGCAGUACGAACCCAAACGAUCCCCAUGUGGUCUGGCAAUAACUUAUUGUACUUUUACAGCUCUUUAAUUGUGCUUUGAGUACUGUUGAAGGAUUCUAAGUGAGUUUUUGUGUGUAAGCUGUGCAGAUAUAGUACUUUCAAAAGACAUACAUUAUGUAUGCACAACACAUACACAUGAAUAAUUAAAAUUGCCACAGUAUCUGCUUGUGGUCAUGCUAUUUUCAGGAUUUUACUGCCAACUGCAGUCCACCAUUCUGAAAACCAUAUAAUUUGAAAAAACAAUAAUCUUUAUUUAUCACAUUUUGCCCCCUCAAUGUUACAGUUGAAUCUCAAAUUUCUCUUCAACCUAUUUUGUGUUUUUUUUUAUUUUUACAGUGUUAAAGUUAGAUUUUAGCUUAAUUCUUGUUGUGAACAAGUUAAGAAAAAAAAAACAUCUUAUAGGUUAGUGUGCCAUGGAAUUACCCAUAGAGUUAAAGGAAUUAAAAGAGUACCAAUAAUACCUUUAAAAUAUAGGUCACUAGCACAAAAUGAAUGUAAUCUGUGACCUGCUUCAUCUGAAAUGCUUUAGAUAUUUCUGCUUGAGCGAUCAUUAGUUAAAGUAAUAAUGAUUUAAUUUAUACACAAAUUGGUGCCAUGCAAGAUGCAAUAAGUUUGUGAUUUCAUCACAACUUGACUCAACAUGAAUUCAUUCAAACAUUUCAAAAUGCUUCUUCUACUUUUGGGGUUUUCUAUAUAUAUAUAUAUAUAUAUAUAUAUAUAUAUAUAAUUUCAUCCUAUUUUCCCUGUAUAAUCUAAAUUUAUUCAAUUAUGAGAAGCCCUUUUAGCCCUACUCUCUUUUAUUUCAACAGACAUGCUAUAUUUUUAAUAACCUUUUAAAGUAUUGUAUAUGUUAGUCUCGUACCACUUUGUUUAAUGUGUUUUAAGUGUUUUAUGGAAAAUAUGAAUCAGAAAUGUGAGCAUCAACAUAGAUCCAGUGACCUUAUAACUACCAAAAUGUGCUUCUUUAGUGUCAAGAAUUUGUUUUAGAAAUGAAGUUUGUUUAUUUUUGAACAUUGUCUAACCCCUGCUGCAGUAGCCAUUUCAAUGUUAGAAAACUGCCUUCCAAACAACUAAUAUACAUACCCUCAGAGCUUUAAGGUAUAUACGUUAAUAAAGGGAGCUGUAUAAAGCAGCCUCUUCGUGAAACCUGGUAUUUUCACAGAUUUGUUGUUUCUAAUAUACUACACAAAAAGUGUCCAGCUUCCAACUUUUCCCACAAUAUGUUUGUGAGUACUUCUGGAUCCUUGUUUAAAAUUUUGUGAAACAUUCCUGGAGGCACGGCACACAUCGUCAGUUAGUCUUCUCAGGCCGAUCCCCUCUGAAGUUACUUGAACCAUGUUUAACACCUUUAGCACCAGAAAUGAAUAAUAUCACAACCUCCCCUUUAGAAAUGUUUUAAUAAUUUCUUAAAUGUUUUGCUAAGCAUAUUUUCCCAGAAAGGAAAGGUGGGAGGUGGGAAAAUAAGUAGUUUUAGGAUAUUUCUUCUGCUUUAUCACAGAAACAUAAAACAGUAAUAACACAUUCAUAAAGCCCUUCUGUAUGAGAGUUGAUGUGUCCUUUUGUUAGUUUGACAAGGUUUUUACCUCCUGCAUAGUAUUUUUUUUUCCUUUGGAAAUUCCGUCUGAAGUGGUCAAGGGUUUGAUGCGCUGAUUAAAGGACUAGAUAAAGUAAUUUAAUACACAUAUACUCUUUAGAACCAAAAUACGUUGAAUGACAAAAAACAUUGCAAAAGUCAUUAGAUGUCCCAUUUUCUAUUACGCACUGACAGUUUAAAACAGUUUAAUUUAAACAUCUGAUUAUUUUGUUUUUCCUGUCAGUUUAAACCACAAUUUAGUAUUACAGUAAGUAAUGGAGAUUAUGGGUUCUUCCCCCGUGAAUUCCGAUAAAUAAAGCCCAAUGCAAACAGUUUUAGCCUCAGAUGACAGGGGGACGAAAGACGAGAUGUAGCUGUCCUGGUGUAGUGGUUUUUCAGUCGUCUUGGUCCUGGUGUAGUUUUUUCACUUGCACAACUGCAUUUAUAAUAAAAUUGAGAAAAUAAUAAACCUAAACCUAAGAAAGCAUCAAACCCUGACCUAGUUGUGUGCCCGUUGCUGUAGGGUUUCUUGAUGGUGUUAAAAUCGCAUUAGUUGUCAGUCAGGCCAUUGUGUUCUGCAGUAUUUCCUAGUAUACUCCUUGGUCAAUUCUCUUUUUUACAUUUACUUUGGGAUUUUUUUUUCUCUAAGUGUUUUUGUUGUCUCCUUAUUUCAGUCUCUUGUAGCGUUAUAUGUACCCUUUCCCUUAGACUAAUAUUACUGAGUAUGUUAUGAGAAUGGAUAUUUUGCUGGCUUUAUAGAAUGUUUAAAUUAAUAUAAUAUGGAUAAUAGGAAGAAUGAUUAAUUAAACUCCUAACAAGUUGAGUCCUUGGCUACUAAGCGCUUGUGUUGCCAUUAAGAUGUUGUGUGCUUCUCUUAAUCAUUUUCGUUGUAGAAAAAUUGAGUGAAUUUAUAAUAGGCUUUGAAAAACUAAUGAUAGCAUUGUAAAUUUACAGGAGGAUUUUAACUGACAACUUGGUCAUAGAAGAAAAUAGUUUUGAUUGUCCUCUUUACUAAUUGUAGGGUGAGAAGGGGCUUGUGUUGUGGUGAACUAUGUUAUAGCUUGUUAUUCACUGUUACUUUUGAUCAUUUUUUCGGUCUCCGAGGUGAAUCGAGUUAUUAAUGAGAAUUUGUAUGCUCACAUAUGCAUAUUGUAUAUGUGUAGAAAUGGAAUCACACUUUGUCUUGAAUUUACAUUAAACUGUUAAGUCACGGCACCAGUC